AUUACUUUAGAUGUGUCAACUACAAAUUGUAGCUUGUUCUCAUUCAUGUUCAACCUAUAGAACAGGAUAUUCAGAAAAAUGAUUCUGAAAUUAAUUUGUGUCGUAUUUGCUCUUAUUGUGGUAUCAAAUGCUAUAAGCUAUGAAAAUUACAAAGUGUAUAAGGUAGUGCCUACUUCAGAACAACAGGUACAAAUAUUAACCGACCUCCGUAAAACUGGGUUUGAAUUCUGGAAUGAUAUCAUUAGUGUCGGCAGUGAUGCCAGAAUCAUGGUUCCACCAGAAAAUAAUGAAGAAUUUGUCAAAUAUAGUGCGAGUGUCGGCCUAAAUAUAACGUUAACCAUUUCUGAUGUUCAAAAAUUAAUCGAUGCACAGCUCAAACCAGCCGAAAACAUGGACCGUGCUUCUCUGGGUUCAUUCACAUGGAAUUCCUACCAUAAUCUAGCUGAAAUCCACGCUUGGCUUGAUGAACUUCAAGAAAUGUACCCUAAUGUAGUUGAAACAGUUACUAUUGGACAUUCUCUUGAAGGCAGAGCUAUUAAAGGAGUGAUUAUAGACUUUCAAUCUGAAAGAGAAGACAAUCCUUUGACUGGUAUGAUUGAAGGAGGCAUUCACGCAAGAGAAUGGAUUUCUCCCGCAACCGUCACGUGGAUUAUCAAGGAGUUCUUGACUAGUACUGAUGCCGAUGUUAGGUUUCUAGCAGAGACGUUUGUAUGGCACAUUUUUCCAGUAGCAAACCCUGACGGCUAUGUUCACACAUUUACUAAUGAUCGUUUGUGGCGAAAGAACCGCAAUCCAGCAAAUUUUGUCAGUUGCAGUAGCAAUAAUGACUUGGGCAAUGGGAUCGAUUUGAACAGAAACUUCGAUUUCCUUUGGAUGACAACUGGAGCUUCUCAAAACCCCUGCGAUCAAACCUACGCCGGCCCCUCAGCUGCAUCAGAGUUGGAAGCUCAAGCUAUCUCUAACUACGUCUUACAGUUGAAGCGAGACAGCAAUCUGUUGUACUACUUCGCCUUCCACUCUUACUCCCAGAUGAUCUUAAUACCAUACAGUCACGUUUCUGGACUUGAUGUGCUAGAGCUUGAUAACUAUGGUGAUUUGUAUGAAAUCGCAAUCAGGGGUGCUCAAAAACUGACGGAGAAGCAUGGAACUGCUUAUACUGUUGGAACCUCAGCCGAGAUUCUGUAUGAAGUAAGCGGCUCAAGUUUUGACUGGGUAAAAGGAAUAGCAGAGGUGCCAAUAGUCUACCUUUUCGAGCUUCGAGAUAUUGGCGAAUUUGGAUUCCUGCUUCCAGCUGAACAGAUCAUACCUAAUAGUGAAGAAAUAGUGGCAUGUCUAGUGGAAAUGGACAAGACCACUAGAGCUAUAGGGUACUAUUCUGGAGCUAAAAGUGUUCUGGCAAGUGCAUUGACAUUCACCGUUGCAGGAGUUUUGAUUGCGCUUCAAUAAACUAUAUUGAAUUUU